CUCUGAUUUUGGACGUGGAGAGUGGACGGACUGACGAGGAUUCUUAGCGUUUCUAUUUCUAGGGCUUUCUGUUUCGUUCGGCAAUUCUCGCUACACGCCUGGGGUUUUUAUCUUUAUUUUUAUUUUAUUUGGUUUGGUUUGGUUAAGGAAAGAAAUAAAAGAGGGGAAAUUUGAAGAUUAUUGAUUCGUCAGACGCUGGGUGUAUGUGGUAUGGUUUUUCAUGUUUUUUCAGAUCUGUGUUGAGUUUUGGGUUUAUAAAAGGAGAUAUAGUUGCUUUGCUUGAUUUUGUUUUUCAAUUUUCUGUAUUUGUUUGCUGGUGUAUUGAAUAUGGGGAUUUAGGUCUUGUUCUUGUUGUUGAGAAAACUAUAAUAUUGGGGGAGUUUGUUUGGGUGGUUAGGGUUUGGGUACUUGCUAUUUGUCCACGAAUUCAAAUAAUUAUACAUUUAUGGCUGCUGGAAAACGUGGUGGUUACAGAGAAAAUGAAUAUAGGGGCCGCGAGAGUGAAGUUGAGAUGUCGAAGAUGGAAAAUGGGUAUAGAAGAGGGGAUUUUGAACGGGUUAGGAAUGGAGCUCGGGACUAUGAAAGAGGUCAGCUACGGGCUCGGGGUCGAGCUGGCUGGGAAGCCAGGGGCAAGCUCAGACAAAAGGAUGCCAAAGAAAUGAAUGGUGGAUGCCACUCCACUUCCAGUCGAAGUGAUUCUGGAAAUAGUGGUGGUGAACCAAGGAAAUGUGAGGCUGCAGUAUUAGCUGUGGAUCGAGAGCCUGGGGAGCUUUAUAGCGAUGGGUCUGAUGAGGCAGUUGAUUCAGGAGCUCAAGCUAGUAGAGAAACUGAUUCUAAAACUAUGGAGACUUCUAGCCAUUUAUCUACUCUCCAGACCAGGAAGCGGAAGUUCUCGCCUAUUAUUUGGGAUAGAGAUGAUAGGGAGACAAGUAGAGCUAUCAAAAGUAGGAGUACUUUGGAUACUGAUCCUAUCAAUGAAUCGCCAGAAUUGGUUAAGUCUAAUCACGACUCGCCUCAGCUUAAACCUAGUGCAAAUGAGAAGGCUUCAGCCACAGAUGAUGAUGAGAUUAAUGAUGGUGGGGUUAAUUUAGAAGAAUCACCUUCUAUUGUUGACUUGAGAUCUGGAACAGCUGAAGUCCCUUCGGAAACAUAUUCACAGCAAUCUGAAGGAGAUCAGCGGGUUAAUAGCGUGGAAACGGGGACAGUUGAUGAAGAUGAUUAUCCACCCACACGAACCAUAGUAUCUUCUCGUUGGGCUAGUGAUGCUGAGUCUCCAGCUGAUGAAGGUGAGAUUUCUGACUAUGAAAAGAUGCCUAAACUGAGGAGCAAGUCCAGUUCAGAGUUAGGUGAUACAAGGGAACAUAGUAAAUCAAUAAGUCCAGAAAUCAGGCAGGUCAGAAGAGAAGGUUCUGAAACGACUAGAGGGAGGUCCUCAGGGUCGGUGGAACACAUUAGGUCUUCCAGUAGAGAUAGUUACCAAGAAAACGAUGACAUCAAUGACUACAUGGAGACUGAUGAUAAUCACAAUCAUGAUGGUGCUAGCAUCAAUGAGUCUGAAACUGAGUCUGAGGACUAUCCUGAUUCUCCUAUUACACCGGAUCCAGCACAACCCCCGCAAAGGAGUGUGAAUAUGCUUCAAGGAUGCAGAAGUGUUGAUGAGUUUGAGAGACUCAACAAGAUAGACGAAGGUACUUAUGGGGUCGUGUUUAGGGCCAGGGAUAAGAAGACUGGAGAAAUUGUUGCUUUGAAGAAGGUGAAGAUGGAGAAAGAGAGAGAAGGGUUUCCCUUAACGUCACUCCGGGAAAUAAACAUUCUUCUAUCUUUUGAUUACCCCUCGAUUGUGGAUGUGAAAGAAGUGGUUGUGGGCAGCAACCUUGACAGCAUAUUUAUGGUAAUGGAGUACAUGGAACAUGAUCUUAAGGCAUUGAUGGAGACUAUGAAGCAACCUUUUAGUCAAAGUGAAGUUAAAUGUCUGAUGAUUCAGCUUUUAGAAGGUGUCAAGUAUCUCCACGAUAACUGGGUGCUUCACCGGGAUCUAAAGACAUCCAAUUUGCUCUUAAACAAUCGUGGUGAGUUGAAGAUUUGUGACUUUGGUCUAGCUCGUCAGUAUGGCAGUCCAUUGAAACCAUAUACCCAUUUGGUAGUCACCCUUUGGUACAGGGCGCCAGAACUUCUUUUGGGAGCCAAACUAUAUUCCACGGCAAUAGAUAUGUGGUCUCUGGGGUGUAUUAUGGCUGAGCUAUUAUCAAAGGAACCACUAUUCAAUGGGAAGACAGAGGUUGAGCAACUGGACAAGAUAUUCAGGAUCCUUGGCACUCCAAAUGAGACAAUCUGGCCUGGGUUUUCAAAACUUCCGGGAGUCAAGGUGAACUUCGUCAAGCAUCAGUAUAACCUAUUAAGGAGGAAGUUCCCAGCAACUUCUUUCACCGGGUCACCUGUUCUCUCUGAUGCUGGAUUCGACCUCUUGAACAGGCUUCUGACAUACGAUCCUGAUAAGCGUAUCAGUGCUGAAGAAGCUCUCAAUCAUGAAUGGUUCCGCGAAGUUCCUCUUCCAAAGUCAAAGGAGUUUAUGCCUACUUUUCCUGCUCACCAUGCACAAGACAGGCGUAUGCGAAGAGUAAUGAAGAGCCCCGACCCAUUGGAAGAGCAACGGAGAAAAGAGUUGCAACAAGGAGAACUGGGCACUGCUGGUCUCUUUGGUCAAUAGGCAUCAUUUUCAUGUUGUAUUAAUACACAGUUGUGAAGUUCAAAUUCCCAGCCUGAAAUUGGAAUUUAGAUUCUUAAUUUAA